GAUUGCGGAAGCGCGAGCAGGAGCAGGCUCGCCGCAGGGAGGAGGCCAAGAAGGCUGAGGCAGCAGGGAAGCGGACCUGCAGCCGGCAUGGCAGCGUGACCCGUGGGUGCUGGGUAGUGCUCCCCAACGGCUACGAAGGCACCACCUGCCAACCCUGCAUCAAGCUGCGCGAGGAGUACAGGGCGUACAAGCAGGCGCAGCGCGAGAAGGAGAGGGAGCCAGAGAAACCGGAGGACGAGAGUGCGGAAGAGGGGGAGACAGUGCACAACCCCGAGGAGGCUGAGGACGGGGAGAUCGUGGACGAGGAAGAGGCCGCACCGGUCGCAAGAAAGCCCGGCACGUGCCUGGCUAUCGUGCGGGCGUCCGGUGCGCCCUGCCCCAACAAGGCAGCUGACAACUCCCAGUA